GGGCGGAUUAUUUUUACAUCUGUGCCAUUUGGCAAGAAAAGUCAAAAAUCAGUGUGUUGGCUCGAUUUAGACAAAUAUUCAUAAUUAUCACGUAAUUACAAAUUAUAAUGAGACCGAAAUUAUACAUUUAACCAUGAAAUUAGUUAAAAUAUAUUAAUCAAGUAUACACGAAUGUAUUGAAAGAUUCAUAGUUCAAUGUUGAGGGUCGUCAUGACAAGGGCUUUUCGUUAAAUAGAUUUUUUUGUAUGGAAACUGUGAAUAUGGAGUUAAGGGAAGCCGGAGAUGGAGCUGCGGCUGUGGAUUGUGAAGAUACUCCGAAGAAAUACAGUUGGGCGGAGGUACGGCAAGCAGUUCACGACUUAAGAAAAGAGCUAUCCUCUUUGUCCACGAUGGUACCCAUGGCAAUAUCAUUCAGGAAACUUGGUAAUGGGAAAACGAGGAUAUAUUUCUUGAGGACCCCGCAGAACGGAUGGGAGAUCACGCUCCUGUACACCGACAUCAGCCCCACCCAACAGACCAGUAAUGCAAGGUUAGAUUGGAAACCAUUGAUAGAAUCAAACAUAGCGCUCGGUGUAUCAUCGGGGAAGUGGUCAAGGGAGGAACAGCUGCUAUGGGAGCGUCAGAGGGUGGCCGGGUGGGGCAUAGCGUCCUACGAACUGCAUCCGAAGACCGGCAGGGUGCUGUUUCCGUGUGCCUCGUCCCUGUUUGUAGCUGAGGAAGGGCCUAAUCAGUCACCACCUCUAGUACCCCGUUCCCUCAGUACCGGUUGGGGGGCGCCUCUAACACCCGCGAUGUGUCCCUCGAUGCCGUCGCUUGUGGCUCACGCUGCGAGAGGAGAUAUAUGGCUCGCGGGUGAUAAUCUAAAACGGCCGGCUCGACUGACAUACGCUUGCAAAGGAAGGGAUGAGCGUUUAGCUGAUGAUCCUCGCCAAGCCGGAGUACCGUGUUACGUCACACAGGAAGAAUUCUCACGGUAUACGGGCAUCUGGUGGCAACCGAAGCGAGAUGAUGAUGUGUUCCGGAUAGUGUACGAGGAAGUCGAUGAGAGCGAUGUCAAGAUAUUCAGCUUUCCGUCCUCGCAGAGCUCCAGCGGCGAGGUCGAGGAGUUCAGAUUUCCUCGCGCCGGCACACCGAAUGCGAAAUCAAUCUUGAAGAUGGUUACAUUCAGACUGCAGAAGGCGACCCCCACCACUGUUCUGGACUAUUACCAGGAAGGGCACUCCGACCACACACCACAAGCUUCAGACUCGAACGAUUCAAUGGAAGUAACUGACAUCAGAUGGUACCAGCUCAGACAGUCCCUCAAAGAGACAUUUCCCUGGUUCGAGUACUUAGCGAGGGUCGGCUGGACACCUUGUGGCUCAUACGUGUGGGUGCAGCUGCUGGACCGCAAGCAGCAGCGCCUGGAGCUGGCGCUGGUGCCGGUCAGUGAGUUCAGCGCUCGGGGCGCGUACGAGUCGGCGCCGCCCGGCGCGCAGCCCGCCGACUGCGGGGACGCCGCGCACGCGCACUGCGCCGAGCAGCAAAUCCAAGUCCUGAUAUCCGAGUCGGCGCCGGACGCGUGGGUCAACGUGCACGACAUCCUGCACUUCCUGCCGGCCGCGCCGGGGACCAUGCGGUUCAUCUGGGCGUCCGAGGAGUCGGGCCACUUGCACCUCUACCUAGUCGCGUGUGCGGUGCCGGCCAAGAGAGCUACCUCUGUAAUAGACAUGAUGACGGAAGACGAAUCGAACGCUCUCGGUCCGAGCGUGAUCAGCAAGCUGGCCGUCACUAGCGGGGAGUGGGAGGUGAUGGGGAGGAAAAUAUGGGUGGACGAGUCUCGGGGAUUGGUGUACUUCGUGGGGCUCCGGGAGACGCCGCUGGAGCGUCACUUGUACGUGACUUCCUACGAUCCGCCCGCACCGCAGAGCGUCACGCUUCUCACCACCGUGGGGCACUCGCAUACCGUUGACAUGGAUGAGGAGUGCUCCACGGCCGUGAUCACGUCGUCAAACAUCAGCAGCGCGCCCAGCACGCGCGUGCUGCGCGUGGAGCACGCGGGGGGCGCGGGGGGCGCGGGCGGCGCGUGCGUGGCGCUGCGGGCGUGCGGCGCGCUGGCCGAGCGCGCGCACGGGCCGGAAACGUCAGACACUCGAUCGUUCAACGGCUCGUGGGACAGUCGGUCCGGCGACGGCGACGACGAGAGCGACGUGUCCGUACUCGUUAAAGAGCGCCUGCUGUCGGCCGCGCCGGCGCCGCAGAUCCUGAGCGCGCGGCUGUCGUGCGGCCUGCGGGCCUACUGCACGCUGUGGCGCGCCCGGGGCGCCGGCCGCCGCCCCACCGUGCUGCACGUGUACGGCGGGCCCGAGGUGCAGACCGUCACCAACAGCUACCGGGGUAUCCGUCAGCUCCGCAUGCACAUGCUGGCGGCGCGUGGGUUCAACGUGGUGGCCGUGGACUCGCGGGGGUCCAAGCACAGGGGCCGCGCGUGGGAGGCGGCGAUACGGGGGAAAAUGGGGCAGGUUGAACUGGAUGAUCAGGUUGAAGUAUUACAGUGGCUGGCGAAGGAAACCGGUUGUAUCGAUAUGGAUAGAGUCGCGAUACACGGCUGGAGUUACGGCGGGUACCUGGCGCUGCUGGGGCUGGCGACGCGGCCCAACGUGUUCAAGGUGUGCGUGGCGGGCGCGCCCGUGACGUGCUGGCGGCUGUACGACACGGCCUACACGGAGCGCUACAUGGGGCUGCCGGCCUGGGCGCCGCACGCCUACUCGCGCGCCAGCGUGCUCGCCCACGCGCCCUUCUUCCCCGACAAAGAAGGCAGACUACUCAUAAUCCACGGCCUAGCGGACGAGAACGUACACUUCUGCCACACGGCAGCGCUGCUCUCCGAGCUGAUACGUCUCGGGAAACCACAUCGAGUUCAGGUCUAUCCCGGUGAACGACACUCCUUAAGAGCGAUGCACGCCUCCAAACACUACGAAGCGACUCUACUCCACUUCCUACACGAAAACCUCUAAAUCGCCUCGGCCGUUGGUAGCUCGACCGGUGACGCUACCACACCAUACAGUCUACAGUUAAGCUACCAGUUGCCAAGUAUAAAUAACUGAUUGAACAGUAUUAUGCGGUAAAGAGUCAAGGAUAAACUUAAAAGUAUUUUAUUUUUCUUAAUAUUAUAAGUAUUAAUGGAUUCUUAUUUCUAAAAAAAAAGUGAAAAUUACAAUUUUGUGAACAGUGCAAUAGGCGUACAUAAAUGAUCUUGGCAAAAGCGACGGAAUACGUCCUGAAACUUUCCCGAUAACCAGAUUGAUUCGUUCAGAUGUAAACCGGUUCCAUCCGGCAGGAAGCAGUUCAAACUAGAUAAAAUAUAACGAUGAAAUUUUGAUAUUUGUUUCGUUUUAAGUUUAUAAUUUGUAUAAAUUUAUUUGAAAUAGUUUUUUUUUUUUUUUUUACGAAUA